AUGGUAAGCUUCUCCUUCAAUGCCGGUCACGUCUUAUACGACGAAGACACCCACAAGUGCACCCCAUUGCCCCACAAAGGCCAGAUCACCAUCCAACCGUCAGCAGAAGAGGAGGGGUUUUUCGACUUCAUCUGGGCUCCUAAAACCAAUUCGGGCGCCCGCCGCCACGAGCUCGUGCUUAUUCCGGGCGAUUUCUCCUUCAAACCCGUCAAGUCGUGCACCACCGGCCGUGUGGUGGCGUUGACGUUCUCCUCGGGCCAAAGAAGCUUGUACUGGUUGCAAGAUUUGGGCGAUGAAGACGAUCUUGAUACGUUCACGAAAAAGGACGAGGAGAUUUUGGCCAAAUUUCACGCCGUGGUCGACGCUGAGUCUGAAGCAGAAGCCGAGGACGCUGCAGCAGCAGCUCCAGCAGCAGCAGCACCCGCCUCAAUUGCACUGGAAACCGUCGCCUCUGCAGCCGAACCAUCAGAGCCUUCGGCCGAACAACAGUAA